AUGGGCCUCAUUAGUAUUGCCAUUCUCCCACACUCCCUCCAAAGUGGUGCUAGUGCAUGGUGGGAGUGUGUGUGGAGGGUUGUGGAGGUGUUGGAGGGGCCUGUCGCCCCCAUCGAGGACGAGACAUUCGACAGCAACGACAAGCAGCGCAUCCUGUGCUACAUGGGGUUCAUCAACCUCUACCGGUGCCCACAAUACUUGACCAUGCCAAGCCUCAUAUGGUACACUCAGUUACCAUGGCUGAUGGACUAUAUCUCUUACUUGGUGGAAGUUCGGGAGGCUGGUCAGGCUUAUGUGCGGAGCCACAUUCUGACGUCCAUCUACGUCUUGGACUUUCUCAAGUAUGCCAAGGCACGUGGUGACGAGAAGCUGGAGGUGGAGAACAUCAUCCUAGCUUUGCAAAGGUUGUUGACCCAGGUCAAGUAUGUGGCUGCCCCACCGAAGCCAAAGGACAUGACCUCCCUGAUGGCCCAGGACAUGUUUGUUGAGUACUCGGUGCUAGCCAAGGCUGCCUACCGUCUGCUGGACAUCUGCAAUGGCACUGUGGACAAGGUGUUGGGCACCGAGGAGGAGUGGGUGGAGCUCGGUGCAAGGCCGGACAGGUGGUGGGAGAAGGCAUGGCUGUCACCAGAGGAUGCACGGUUAUGGCAUGAUGCCUGCAUGGCCAGCAUGGUUCCUGGCUGCAAGUUCAAGGGGUGUGUGGGCAACAUCCUGUUCUGGAAGGACACGGAGAAGACCCAGCUGGCCUUCCGUGUGGCCCACCACAAGAGCCAGUGGAACUGGAACCAGGCCAUUGAGGGGGUACUGCCUGUCACCCUGACUGCCCUGUUGCGUCCCUACAUCCAAGCCUUCAGGGCCAGGCUGGUGCAGAACCGGUCUGUGGAGACCCUGUUCCUGAACCGUGGUGGGCAACCCUUCAGCUGUGCAGCCCUGACAGUGUACUACAGCAACAUGGUGAAGCGGCGCAUGGGCAUCAGUGCCCACAUCACACCACACCGUGUGCGCCACAUCCUGGUCAGCUUUGUGCAGGCCCGGCCAGAGAUCUUUGCUGGGUGUGAGGACCAGAUGGCCACCCUGAUGGGGCACGCCUUGCGGCAGUGGCAGGAGGUGUACGACCUGGCCAUCAACAAGAGGAGUGUGGGUGGAGCCAUUGCUGCCAUGGGCACCAUGGAGCGUUACCUGCGUGCCGACAUGGAGGCGCCUGCUGGGGCGGCGGCAGCGGCGGGAGCGGCUGCGGCAGCGGCGCCUGUCCAUGCUGGUGGUGUGGCGGAUGGAGUGGAUGGUGGUCAGCCCAGCCCCUCCAAGCGUCCCCGGGCGGGAGGUGACGUGGAGGCGGGCAGCGUUGAGGGGCACCGCCCGGGGCUCACCUUCCCCGCCGACGUGGCGGAGGCGGAUGCGCCCGAGGUGGGGGUGGAGUCGGACUUGGUGGGUGAGCCCGAUGCGGCGGCGGAGCAUGAUGAUGACGAUAGUGAGUUUGGCGAUUUUCACAUGGAGCUUGAUGGGGACGACACGGCCUCGGAUGAUGAGGGGGGCGGGUUGGCCCCUGUGUCGGGCGGCGGAGCGGAGGAAGGCGGCGGUGGUGGCGGGGAUGUGGCGGACGAGGCAGGCAUUGAUGUGGGCGGUGUAGGAGGGCCUGCUGGGCGUGUGGCUGAGUGGGUGAUGGGCGGCAGUGGGUGA